CUCUUCCUUCCAAGCCAUAUCACAAACCCAUUCCCCCUUCCACCACCCUGCUUCCUCCUCUCCUUUCCCUUCCCUGCCUAUUAUACACACCCAACCUGCUUCCAAUUUGGUGAAGAGUUCAGAAAAGAUUCAUGACAAUGGAACCAAACAAGGGUGAUGAAGAAGCUCACCGUCAGCAGCAGCAGCAGCAACCUCUCUUGAUCCCAGAAUUAUCCAACAAUGAUCGCAAGACUCCUAAACGGAAAGCAAUCAGAAAAACCUUCAAGAAAACCGCCCAUCUUGCAAACCUCCUACCCACCGGCACUGUUCUUGCCUUCCAGCUCCUGUCUCCCAUCUUCACCAACCAAGGCCACUGCAAUGCCAUGAACUGGUACAUGACCGCAGGCCUGGUGGCUCUCUGUGGACUGUCCUGCUUCAUCCAGAGCUUCACGGAUAGCUUCCGGGAUGAGUCCGGCAAGGUUCGGCAUGGGCUGGCAACGUUCCGGGGUUUGUGGGUCAUCGACGGAACUGCACCCCUUCCUCCAGAGGUUGCAAUUAACUACAGGAUUAAGUUCAUAGAUUUCGUCCAUGCGCUCAUGUCGAUACUGGUUUUUGUGGCGGUUGCUUUGCUUGACCAGAAUGUGGUGUCAUGCUUGUAUCCAACCCCAUCUGAGGAGAUGAAGCGGGUUCUCACUUCACUGCCGAUCGGUAUCGGAGUUAUUAGCAGCAUGUUUUUCGUUGCUUUCCCCUCCACACGCCAUGGAAUCGGCUUUCCACUCUCUUCCCGUUGA